AAAAGAAGAAGAAAAAAGACGAAGAAAAAGAAAAAGAAGAAGAAGAGGAGUUCGUGUGUGUGUGUGUAUGUGUGUGUCAGUGCAUUGAAUGUCUGAUACUUUAUCGAUAUUUGGGUUUGUUUCAGUCCACCGUGUGCUGGUAACGUCACGACCAUGCCGGCAGGCUUCAACCAGGCUCGUCGCUAAACAUCCAGACGACAGGCUGAGUGUGACAUGUGUUAGCUAUCAGCCCUGGUGCCAGCGCAUGCCACUCAAGUCCUCCAGGUGAAGGAAAGCUUCCCUGUGAAAUGUCAAACUUUGACACUAUCACUCAGAUCCAAUGAGCUCAUAGGAAAGACUAAACCAACUCAUACAGCAAUGAAAGGUGGAUCUCGGAAAACUGGAAAAAGGGAACCUGCAAAGACAUCAACAGAGAAAGUCGCCUCAGACACUGUUUCAACAAAAGGCACAGAGGAUGCAAAUGCUGUCCCAGACAGUAACGAUGCCACUGUCAGCCCGUUCGCUGUGAGUUUCUUACCAAGUACUCCAAAAAGAUGCAGUCGACGAACGAGACAGACACAAGAAGCAAGACUGACCUCCACACCAGUCCACAGCUCCUCCGCUGACAUCCUGUCCAACAACGGAGCAAAACACGUGGAGCUAGAGUACACUGAACUCAUCACUCAGUUAAAGACAUCAGAGGUAGAUUCACCAUGCUCCCAAUCAAGAUCUCAAAGCAGACGUAGGGGGGCUCCUGCUUCCAAGCCGAGACAAGUUCGAAAAAGGUUGAUAAAGGAGCAAGCACAGACCGACAGUAAAACCAAAGCUCCUGCAGCCAAGUGCCGACGAGGCAGGACGCGGAAGGUGGAGAAUGGGGAGAAGGGGGAUUUGCAAAAGGACACCACUACUCAGUCAUCCAAACGCCCCAGACCAAGAUUUGAACUGGAGAAGCUUGAAGCAGCAGAGAAAGACGAGUCAUUGCUGUCUUCAGACCUAUCAAUAGAGCUGAGUCCCCAUGAAGAACAGCUGCCAUCUUUGUCCUUCCAGGAAGAUGAGAGAAGUGAGGAGGAGGAUGAUGAGGAGGAUGAGCUUCCAAGUUUCUUGAUGCAGGUGGACAAAAAGCCCACGUCCAUUACAGAGGGAGGGUUUGUGUGGCACAAAUUUAGGUAUCAUCCAUUCUGGCCGGCAUUGGUGAAAAGUGUUAACCGGAAGCAGAAAAAAGCAAGCAUCUUGUUCGUUGAUGACCCAUCGAUUCACAAUAAGAAAGGGUUUACUGUGGCCCUGAAAACUCUGAAGCCUUUUGACUGUGAAGAAGCCAAUGAGCUAGUGUGUAAAGCCAAAGAGAAGUAUGAUGCUGCAAUUGAUUGGUCCUUGGAGCUAAUAACAGACUACAGAAUACGGAUAGCCUGCGGCUCAUUUUCUGGCUCCUUCAUCGAGUACUUUGCUCAUGACAUGAGCUAUCCAGUGAGGAGAAAGUACCCGCAGGCGGCCUCGGAGAGACUAACCAUCGACAGUGAUACAACGAUGGAGGUGCCAUGUGACGAUCAUAAGGAGGACAGCUUUACUGAACAGCAUGAGGAGGUCAGCAGGAGUUCAAAGAGGCUGCUGCCAGACCGGACUCAUGCCGCCCACAACCGCGCUAAUGAGAAGCUCGUACAUUUCAUUGUGAAGCAGCGCAUGGUGGAAGGACGCCUUCUGGCUGUGAUCCGGGGGCAGCAGCAGUCCAGAUGGCUUCGGUCUUUUCUGAGUGCCAGUCGGAGACGGGUGGUGAACAUAUACCUGGAGGAUGACCAGCAGCUGGACCAGGUCUACUGGUACCUGAAUGAGCUCUACGCAACCGCCGGGACCACUGGCCCUUUACUGGCUGAAAUUAAAUCAAUGGAGCGUGUCCCCUUUGUCCUGGAUGUGCUGCUUCCUGAGGCCAUCAUCUAUGCCAUAGCUGGGGUGGACAAUGUCCCUGUAAAAAAGGCAGAAGAAAAGUACUUAAAAGGACGAUGUAUAAGUAACAGGGAAAGGCAGGAGUUUGACUUGAUGAUUGAGCGGCAGAUGAGGAAAAAAGCAAAGCGUCAGAAAACUUCAUUUGCACUUUUCUCUGACACAAAAAGUUAGAAGACUGAGUAUUGUCAAACAGGAAACCUAUUUUUGUAUUGAAUGUUUUUUUUUUUCAAAUGUUUUUUUUAUAGGCAAUAUAGCAGUUUUGGUGUGCCUUAUAAUGAAUAAUGAACCAUAUAGCAUUAAUCCAACUCUCCUUUGCCUCCUCUUAAGUUGCAACAGUAUAAAUUGCUUAAAAGCUGUUCAAAGGGUGGACUCACAAAGGCUGGUGUUAAAACAUCUACAGUAAUAAUGAUAACAAAUAUUAGACAAUCUCAUAUCUGUGUAUCUGUUAACUGACAAUAUAUACACUGCCAAAUCCCUCACAGAACUUUUCAUGUGAUUUGUUCAAUUGCUGUCUGUAUAUGCUUGUGUGUUUCUUUUUUUUAAUAAACCUUUUUGUCUCAGAGUAAA